AUGGAAGCUCAGUUCCUUACCGCGAAUAUAACAGUAGACGAUACGAAGUAUAAUUACGUGAUACAAUGCCUCGACGAAGCUUGUUUAGCUGAGGUUAGCGAUAUUGUGCUUAAUCCUCCCGCGGCGGACAAAUAUCAUGCGCUUAAGGACAGGUUAGAUAAAAGUUUCGCGGACAGCGCCGAAAAGAAACUGCGUAGACUAUUAAAUGAGAUCGAUCUGGGUGACCGCCGCCCGUCGCAAUUACUUAGACGAAUGCGAGACCUUGCACAAUCCGGUGUAUCCAAAGAAGUGCUUAAAUCUUUGUGGCUACAACGACUACCGCAGCAGGUGCAAGCCAUUUUAACAGCUACCAAGUACGACCUUGAAGAAUUAUCGCAGCUAGCGGAUAGAGUAACAGAUGUGUUACCCGCCGGCAUUAACGUGGUCACGGCAGCAACAUCCAAGCAGACUCUUCCAACGGAUCCGCAAUGUUCGCAGAUUUCCGCGCUUAUAGAACGAGUGGAAAAGCUAGAGACUCGUGCUUCGCGCAGCCGUUCACGAACUCCGCAGGGUUCUGGUCGCGGAAGUUAUUCAAGAUCCAGUUCAGGGAGCCAAUCCGAUAGCUGCUGGUACCAUCGACGUUUUGGCAGCAAAGCCAACAGGUGCACGAAGCCGUGCGACACCAGGGCGGACGUCUCGACUCUUCCCGUCUCAAAACGCAACCGGUCGAAUCAGAGCGAUCAUGUACUUUAUGCGGCUAAUAGAACAAUUAUUCCUACGUUUGGACAGAAGUUACUCAAACUCGACUUGGGAUUCCGUUGGACCUUUCAAUGGCCUUUUGUGAUUGCCAACGUGGACAUCUGUAUCAUUGGCUCGGAUUUCCUGGCACAUUUUAAUUUAUUGCCCGACAUUCGACACAAGCGGUUAAUCGACGGCAAUACGCUCAUCAAAGUCUCCGCUCAGCUGGUCAAACAAGCCACGCCUCGCAUAACAACGUUGGCCGAAAAUUGUCCAUUUAAAGAGAUUCUAAGUAAGUUUCCAGAAGUAACGAAGACGUCGAUCAUUCAUAAGGAAACUGCGCACGGAGUGGAACAUGUUAUCGAGACAACGGGUUCCCUUGUGUCAGCCAAAGCUAGAUGA